AUGGCUCACAAAGCGGUAUCCCUUCUCGUUCUCUGCGUGCUUGCUAGCGCGACCAUCGCUCACGGCGCUCGGCCAAUCAUCCCCACGACUCUUAGCGCAGAAACCGCAUCGCAGAGACAAUCCCCCUUCUCCGCGUCGAGCCUCUUCCGCUUGGCCAUGGCCGCCUGGAACGAUGGCGCUCAAGGCGCCAUCCUCCCAUCCGCUUCCGAAUCCAACGACUCCCAAGCUCGCGAGCCAACGAGCUCCACUGUCGUCGUUGCGCCCGAAGUCGCGCCGUUCGAGGAGGACGUGGAUCCCGCUGCUGCUGACGUGGCGGUGUCGCUCCCCGGAUCCGACAACCUGAUCAUCUCCCGUGUGCAUGUGAAGCCGGCGAAGAUCGCCGAACCCGCUGACGACACGGACGACAAUGACGACAAUGGCGACGACAUGAUCGUCGAAGACGACGACAACGAAGAUGACGACAACGAGGACGACGAUGACGACGACGCCUUUUCGCGACUGAUCGCCAACGAAGAGAACGAGGAGGCCAGUCUCACGUCCGUCUCUCUGCCUGGUUCUGACAACGUCAUCGCGGCGAUCCACAAGCCCCGGAGCCAUGUGGCUUCCAAGCCUAGGAGCAGCUUCAGCGUGUCGCUCCCUGGCUCCGACAACGAGAUCGUCGCGUUCGGCGUUCCUGCGACGCUGGCGACUCGCAGCGUCGUCGUCGUCGCCAACGAUGCGGAAGUUGCGGACGAGAAGGUGACGAAGGACGAGGAGAAUUCCACCUUCCACGUGUCGCUUCCUGGUUCGGACAACGAGAUCUGGGCCCGCAACGUGCCCCACAGAAAGAGCAACGUUGUGGCGAUUACCGACGACUCCGACCGCGAUUCCACCACCACCGCUACUGCCACUGCCACCACUGCUUCCGCCACGCUUUCCCGCAAGUCUGACUCGAUUUCCUCUGCUGACGACAACACGGCAUCCGUGUCGCUCCCUGGUUCCGACAAUGUGAUUCAGGCGUUCAACAUUCGUGGAAAUAAGAAAAAGGUCACCUCAUUUCAGAUGUCACUUCCGGGUUCCGAUAAUGUUAUUACCGCGUACGGCGUGCCCGAGAGGAAGGGGCUGACCGUUGUCGCCACGGAGACCCCGGAAGUCGCAAAGCCUGCCGCCACAGAAACGACGGCAACUGUUAACGAGGUCGCAGAGGUGAAUGCGACUACGGACGAUGUCUUCACGGUGUCGCUCCCUGGGUCCGACAACGUAAUCGCUGCACUGCACGUUCCCCAUAAGCGCAAAUUCGUUGUUGCGCAAGCGUAA